UUCAAUCCAUUCAUAGAUCCGUUCAAUGAAUGUCGUUUGGCGUUGAAACUAAGUCUGAUUACAGUACAAAAAAAUUCUAUUUUCAAAUGUGAGAAGGAAGGUAGUCUAUCGAAAAACGUAAGCUUAAGCUUAUAUCUUUGCAAAAAAAUUCGCGGGAUGUCAGGGGAUUGUCGAAGUCCUGUCUGACAGUCACCAAAACGACAAGCGAUCAGGUUCUGCGUCGCGUCUAAGUUUAAGUCUUCCAAGUGUAUUUAGUAACGAAAACUACAGUUAUCAUUAACAAGGCUCUUCUAUAUACACCAACGAUUUAUGAAUUCUUCAGUAAUCUUCUAUAAAACCGAGUUAGCGAAGUGGUAUUAUUUUGGGUAACGUAUGAAACUACCACAGAACUGAGGACCGACGCACUGGGCGUCCGAGACGAAACUUCAAAUUUCGACUUCAAAAAUGACAAAAAAACAGCCAUAAAAUAAGAAGAUCUGUAGAGAACUAAAAGUUUGUCAUUACAGCGAGAGAAGUUUAUUUGAAUUCUCAAAGAAUUAGAAUAAUGACAGAUUUACCUGUGAAAUAUUAUGAAGAGUAUUUAAUAAAGAAAGAAGGAAAAGGAAAGUGGAAAGACUAUUGGGUGGUGAUCCGUGGUUCAUGGAUGCUGUUCUAUGCCAAUAAGAAUAUCACAGACAGAAACAAUUUCCGAGGAUCGUUGGAGUUGUCCAAGGAUACAAAAUGUUCUGUAAGCAAAAGAAGGAAUUAUAGUUUUCCGUUUUAUAUCACAACGCAAAGAGGAACUCAUCUUUUUAAGGAAGCCCAAUUAUUAACAAUCCUGCUCUUGAUUGUUGUACAGUGUUCUACAAAUUUACAGCGUCAUCAAUGGAUAUAUGUCAUAGGCCUUGCUAUAAAGGGCACUCCAGCAUUACCACCUCCCUCCUUUGUUCCCAAGGCGGCUGUUAAAGAUAGUGAUGGAGUAUUUGUGUCCUCCUGGGACACGUCAAGCUCUCCAGACAAAAUAUCAGACGAUCUUUCUGAUGAUAAUUUGAGUAAUAUUAUUGAUAAUGAYGAUGAUGAUGACAACCUGUYCCUCCCCCCUGGGGUUAUAAUUGUAUCAACUUUACCAGAUGAUCUGAGUAAGGAUGAAGGAGAUGCAGAAAAGACAAAGGAGAGAGAAUUGAUAUUAAAUUCUAUUAAUACAGAUGGCAAUAAAGAACGACAUGUUCCACUCAAUGCAGUUUUGAGUACAGGAAUAACAGGAUCUACUUAUGUUGUGCACGGAAAGAAUCCUGAGAAUCAAGGAAAAAGCAACAAGCUGCAACUUCCCAAACAGAGGCUAACCAGACCUGCAUCAAAGUCCACUGGUUCAAUACAAGACUGUCGAUUUAGGACUUACUCUAUGACGUUACAGCCUUCUCCGCGAGACGAGCGUCCGAAUACAUCACCUAUUCUCUCUACAUCACGUAAGACACCUCUAUCAUAUUCUCCCUCGAGCAGUACAGCGAAUUUAAAAUUCUCAAGACACAUGACAAACUCAGCUCCUGAUGUUAAGACAUUGGCAUAUGAUAAUAUUGUACCGCGUGCUUGAAUUUUUCCUUCGUUAUUUUCGGGAUUCUUGCCAUCGUAUCAUCGAUGCACCGUUGCCGUGCCGUAAGCUUGUCUUCUUCGUUGUGUUUGUCCUAAUGUUAAAACAUUGGCUUAUGAUGAUAUUGUACCGCCUGCUUGAAUUUUUCCUUCGUUAUUUUCGGGAUUCUUGCCGUCGUAUCAUCGAUGCACCGUUGCCGUGCCGUAAGCUUGUCUUCUUCGUUGUGUUUGUCCUAAUGUUAAAACAUUGGCUUAUGAUAAUAUUGUACCGCCUGCUUGAAUUUUUCCUUCGUUAUUUUCGGGAUUCUUGCCGUCGUAUCAUCGAUGCACCGUUGCCGUGCCGUUAGCUUGUCUUCUUCGUUGUGUUUUUCCUAAUGUUAAAACAUUGGCUUAUGAUGAUAUUGUACCGCGUGCUUGAAUUUUUCCUUCGUCAUUCUUUAGUUUCUUGCCAUCGUAUCGUACAUGCGUUGCCGUGUCGUAGUAUGGUUCUCUUCGUUUGAAGUUUGAUUUGGAUAAGUUAUUUAUCAGCUUAUUUUGAGGGUUCUUAUGAGGAGCCAAGUGCGACUCCACCCUCUAAUUUUCUUGCAAAUUUUUAAUUGAAUACUUACAAAAUCUAAAUGACUUUUGAACCAAUGUCAGUGGUCUUAAAAUAUUAACUUGUUUGAAAAGAUAUAACUAGCUAAGAACUAGUGUGAGCUGCGUCGGUGUUUCUAAUGAAACAGUAAUGAUGAAAAGGUAAAUUAUACACCGUGAA